CAACAUGUUCAUAUCUCAGUAAGACAAUAUUUUAAUACAAGUAAAAGAAUGGUAUGAUCUCAUCAUUUGAAUAUACAAACCGAUCAUCGAUCCCUUACCCACCUAUAAAACCAGCAUUGGUGUCUCAAAAAUUUUGGCAAAAAAAGAAAAUUUCAAAACUAUUGUGUCCAUUGAUCACUUAAAGAAGCAUAUUGAAAUUGGGGUUAAGCCAGAAUUCGUACUUUGGCAUAUAAUUAUGGGUAGGUCCCCAUGUUGUGAUGGCAUUAUUGGGUUGAAGAAAGGGCCAUGGACUCCUGAGGAAGACAAGAAACUAAUUGAUUAUAUAGAACAGCAUGGUCAUCAUGGGAGCUGGAAAUCUCUGCCCAAGCUUGCUGGGCUAAUUAGAUGUGGUAAGAGUUGUAGAUUGAGGUGGAACAAUUACCUUAGACCUGAUAUUAAACGAGGCAAGUUCUCUGAGGAAGAAGAGAGAACCAUCAUCAACCUUCAUUCGGCUCUUGGAAACAGGUGGUCAAAAAUUGCCUCACAUCUUCCAGGACGAACUGAUAAUGAAAUCAAGAACUUCUGGAACACUUAUCUGAGGAAGAAGCUUCUUCAAAUGGGUAUUGAUCCACACACUCAUAAACCAAGAACCGACCUCAAUCACCUUAUCAAUCUUUCUCAAAUGCUUAGCCAAUCACAUUUGACCAACUUCAUCAUGAAUACUGCUACUGCACCUACUCCCCCUUGGCCAAAUGCCCUAAAGUUACAGGCAGAUGUUGCUCAUCAAUACAUGGCCAAAAUCCAAUUGUUGCAAAACCUCAUGCAAGUUAUGAAUAGUAGUAACAUAAUGAAUAGUAGUAAUAAUGCUACUCCAAAUAUAGACAACACUAGUAGCCCUAGCACUGUCCUAAGUACUGCUCCAAAUUAUAAUGUCAAGCCUUUUGAAGCACCAAAAGAUUGUUAUGAAAUUAAAAACCAGCUGGGCCGUGUCCCUUAUGGUCCUAGUCACUCUCAGGCUCUAAAUCCAAACUUUUUGGAAUGCCGAGAAAUUGGCAGCGGUGGCGGUGGCGGUGAACUUGGCUCUCAUGAACUUCAGAAGAAUUCAGCUAAGUUUGAUGAUGGAAGUGUUCACUAUAAUGAGAUUUUUUAUCAACUUCCUGGACUGGUUUCAGAACCAUUUACUGGUUCUUGUAUUAGUACUAACUUUACAGAGAACAAGAGUGCAUAUUCAGCUACGACGUCGUUUGGUCACUCGUCAUCAUCUCCCACUUCUACCGUUUCUGAGGCUUGGGAUAAAAUCAUGGAUGACCAAACAAGUGAAUCCUACUGGAAAGAUAUUUUAGAAUUGAUGUCAUAACUAGUCGCCAACAUAUCAAACUAUCAAAGAUAUGUAAUGCAGAACUCAAAUGAAGUUUAUGCAGAUUUAGAGUAGGAAGUGAAAUAAGUUCUUUCAUCACUUAUUCUUUCAUAAGUUUUCUUCGUGUUAGUUCUUCAUUUUCUUUUAAUUUUAUUUUGGUGCUUUGGGGCCGUAUACGUACAACUGUUGAAUUUAUGUAGUUAUUAGAUGGGUAAAAACAAUAUAUAUAUUUGUUAUUUAUGUGAAAAUUCAUUUCAUA